AUGUCUCAAGGUUUUUUUAUUCCUCUCCUUACCUUAAUUUUGCAGGGUUGGAUAACGUGCUGCAACGUGCUUAGUGAUCUCUAUGCGAUGGGUGUCGCAGAUUGUGACAAUAUGCUACUCCUUAUCGGCAUUCCUACAAGUAUGGAACCAGAGGAGCGCACCACGAUCACCUCUCUUAUGAUGCAAGGUUUCCAGGUAUUUUUGCUCAAUUUCCUCCUCCUUCUUCUUCCUUCCAUUCCCUAUUUUGCCUUUGGGGUGCAUAACAAGGCCAUGUUCUCCUCUUCUGGUUAG